UUUCACCAUCGCAGUUGUGGCUCGGGCCUCCGCGUUACGUCGCUCUAGUAACUGAGGCCACGGACCUCUCCGCAUUCCGUUCCCCUCUCCGUACGUACGCCGCGCCGCCUCUCUGCAGCGCUCAUUCGAGCGCCGCCGCUGGCGUGGGCCCCGCCUGCUUUCCUCCUCGCCUUUCUGUGUGUCCGCGGCUGGCCGGCGCGAUGCAUCUGGGCCCGAGGCCCGCCACGCUGGGGCUGCUGCUGCUGUGCGCCGCGGCAGCCGGCGCCGGGGAAGCCGAGGAGCUGCACUACCGGCAGGGCGAGCACCGCGCCGACUACGACCGCGAGGCGCUGCUGGGCGGCCAGGAAGAAGUCGAUGAAUAUGUUAAACUGUCCCCCGAAGAGCAACACAAAAGACUGAAGUCAAUCAUAAAGAAAAUUGACUUGGACUCAGAUGGCUUUCUCACCGAAAGUGAACUCAGUUCAUGGAUUCAAAUGUCUUUUAAACAUUAUGCUAUGCAAGAAGCGAAACAACAGUUUAUUGAGUAUGAUAAAAACAGUGAUGGUAGUGUGUCAUGGGAUGAAUACAACAUUCAGAUGUAUGAUCGGGUGAUCGACUUUGUUGAGAACACUGCUCUCGAUGAUGCAGAAGAGGAGUCUUUUAGGCAGCUUCAUUUAAAGGACAAGAAGCGAUUUGAAAAAGCUAACCAGGAUUCAGGCCCUGGCUUGAACCUUGAAGAGUUUAUUGCUUUUGAGCAUCCUGAAGAAGUUGAUUAUAUGACGGAAUUUGUCAUUCAAGAGGCUUUAGAAGAACAUGACAAAAAUGGUGAUGGAUUUGUUAGUUUGGAAGAAUUUCUUGGUGACUACAGGCGGGACCCGACCGCAAGUGAAGAUCCAGAGUGGAUACUUGUUGAGAAAGAUAGAUUCAUGAAUGAUUAUGACAGAGAUGCUGAUGGCAGACUUGAUCCGCAAGAACUGUUGUCCUGGGUUGUACCCAAUAACCAGGGCAUUGCCCAGGAAGAGGCUCGUCAUCUAAUUGAUGAAAUGGAUUUGAAUAGUGACCGAAAGCUCUCCGAAGAAGAGAUUCUGGAGAACCAGGACUUGUUUCUUACAAGUGAAGCCACAGAUUACGGCAGACAGCUUCAUGAUGAAUACUUUUAUCAUGACGAGCUUUGAUCCCCGGGUGUAUCUGAGUAGAGCACGGGCUCCUUUUAUAGUUUGUUACCAGCUUUACUUUUGUGAUAAAAUGUUGAUGUUAUAUUUUACACUCUUAAGUCUUACCAGAGUCAAAAUUAUCUUAAUGUACAUUAUAGUUUUGGCCUUUUAGGAGAAAAGUAAAACAAAAGCCUGAUAUUUAUUUCCAAAUGCAUUGAAGAAAUGAAACAAUGUUGUGCCAUAUGACAAAAAAGUCUUUCCUAAAGAGUCCAUCUGUUUAGUACUGUAUUGUGAAAUAUUUGAGUUCUGUUUCCAUACUUGAAAAAAAAAAAAACAGGAUUUCAGAGAUGCCUGAACAAUAUUAUUUAAGUAGUAUGUGACUAAGCUAUCAAUUUUUUGUUUUAAGUAGGUUUAACUUGGGAACUGACAGAAGGACAUUGUUUUUAGAUUUAGCAUUUUGUUUUAAAACCUUUAAAGGAACCUUAGAAGGACUUAUACCUCACAUAUUAAUGUUGAGAAGUUCUGCUUAAUUUUAAAAUGGUUUCUAUAAUGGGUUUUAUUGUAUGAAAUAGAACUUUAUAUUUUUGCAUAUGUAUAGAUAGUAAUUAUAUUUAAUGUGUAACUAUAGCAUUACGGUGUGUGGAAUUUGACUUUGUCCAGAACUCUUUUCUGUUUCUUUUUUUUGACUGAUUAAAAAUGAAAUGUCCUAUCUUUUUA